AAAUUCAAUGGUCCGUGUGUGAAGGCCGUGAAGAUUGUAACUCUUGCUUUCUUUUCAGGUCAUAGCCAACGCGCUUGCUUAUUUACCUACCAUUAGAAAAGCAAGUGCAGUUGCAACCUUCCCAUCUCUUUGUUUUUUCUCUCAAAUCUUCUCUUCUAGUUAUACCCAUCCCCUUCGAUUUGUCUCACUCUCUUCGCUUGUAUUUUGCUGUUCUUGCGUUAUGGAGAAGAUUCAAGGAAAGAAUAAACGCCAAGAACAGAAACAGAAACAAAACCAAAACCAAAACCAAAACCAAAAAAACCUACAAGCUAAUAAUAAGGCUCUUGUAUGGGAUUGUGGAAGCUCACUAUAUGACUCCUUUGAGCUUAAGUCUUUCGAGCGUCAACUUGAUUCAGCAAUUAAUUCAAGAACCUUAUCCAUGCCUCAUUUUCCUGAUCGUCAAGUACUAACUCCUCCUCCUCCACCACCUAAGAAACCAUCAAAGAUUUCGCGGUCACUCAACAAAUUCCUGAAAUCCAUGUUCAAAUCUAAACAAAAUUCUAGCACCAUGUUUCGGGUUCAAGAGCGAUUGCAAGAUGAAUACUACGUCAUCUAUGAUAAGUCCGGAGCUCUUACAACCAUUCCUGAAGUGCCUGAAAUUGAUUUUGGAGGGUUUUCGCCUGAGAUUAAUUCACUGGUAAGAAAGACUGUAUCCGACAGGUUUACGGCCGCCUCCAUCGGUAUUUCAUGAGCUUAACACUCUACCUGGUUGUAGAUCAUAUGAAUAUUAAUUAGUUAAUGUCUUCUAUGCUGUAGACUUUUGUGUUUAUAAUAGAGAAUUUGAUGUUUUAGGAGGGCUUUUUUAAUUCA